GAGCGACACCAUAUGCACGGUAACCUGAAACUGUCACAUGCGCAAUGUAUCACGUGAAAUGUCACCGGCUGUUGUAUUUUUAUUAUAUGAUUGAUCUUAUUUCGCCACAUUCUAACAAGACUUGUGACAUUUAAAUGGAAAAAUGGCGGUGAUUUUACGCGUGAACAAGUGUUUUUGGCGGCACAAGAAUUAGCAUAACGACUACAUUACGCAAACAUUAAUAUGAUUUUCGCAAUGAUUUUACUUGGAUGAUGGUGUCAUAAAAAGACAACAUAAAUAUAACCUUAAACAUGCUGUCAGAAGUGGAUGUAUUCAUCAGUAAUUAUACGUUAGUAGAUCCUGAAAUUUAUCAACUUUGGGUCGAUGGUCAUUCCUCCAAUGAUGCAGUCAGUAUUUUACACCAACGAGGGAUUUGUCAACAGACUGAUGCACCACUCCAAUUAGUUGCAUCAGACAUACUGGAUCAUUAUCGCACCUAUGCUCUCUUAGAAAAGCUAUUACACACACCUACAAAGCUUGUCAGUGAACAACUGGCAUUUCAGAUUGAACCACAAACUAGUCAAAUGCUCAUUGAGAUGUAUUAUGAAUUUGAUGAUGUAGUGAUACGUGAAUUGCUGGGAAAGAAGAUAACAUCUAAAAGCAGAAAAGAUAUGGACGAAGUGGCAGAAAAGACAGGAAUUACAUUAAAGAGUUGUAGAAGACAAUAUGAUAAUGUAAAAAGAGUGUUUAAAGUUGUCGAGGACUUGCCAGGAUCUCUAGCAGCCAAUAUCAAGCAACACUUUUUACUCUCAGAUGACCUCGCUAAACGAUACGCAGUGGUAGUAUUCAUAGCUUGUUUACGAUUUGAAAUGAACAAAAGGAAACUACAAUUUUUGACAUUUCCCGACUUAUAUCACUGUGCCAAUAGUAUGAUGACAUCGUGGACGUAUCGUUGCAUUGGAUCAGACUAUUUUGAUACAGAUUUGGACAGGGAAUUCCUACAGGAAUUAUCAGAAUGUAGGGUGCUCUUGGAAAACGACAAGCAUCACAAACACUUGGUAUGCAUUAAACUCAAGCCGAUGCUCCUCGACCGAUCUUAUCAAGAAUUGGACAUGAACUUUCGUUCGUAUUCAAGAGCGAUACUAGGAAUCGGAUGCAACCUGCAUAGAUCGCGAGAAUUGAGAUUUUUCUUUCUGGAACUGGUGGAGAGAUGUAUAGAGCCUUGGCGACAAGUCAAUUGGACGCAUUCCGAUCUUCGGAAUUUCUUAGCCGUUUAUACACAGUGUGCCCUUGACAUGGAUGUACUUAGAGAGGGAGAACUGAGAGACGCGUUCGAACGUUACAUGACGGUAGUAACAUGCUGCCUUUUACGUAUGUAUCAUACUUGAUUACUAAUAUACAUGUAGAACAUUAAUAUAAUUAGGAGUAAAUAAAAGUUGGAACUGGUAAA